ACUCACACUCACACUCAGGCUCACACACUCGCACACACUCUGGCCUCUGGCAGAGUCCUGUGGGUUUCUCCACAAUCCAAUCCACUGUUUGUUGGGAAAUCUGCUCAGAGGAUACCAUGAGACCUCUCCUGCUCCUCAGCCUGCUCCUUCUCUGCACCAUCGACCUAGCUUGGAGCGGUACCAACGACGCAGAGGACUGCUGCCUGUCUGUCACCAACCUCGUCAUCCCCCGCCACAUCGUGUGUACCUAUCGCCGUCUCAACCCAGAAAACGGCUGCCGGGUGCCCGCAGUAGUGUUCACUACACAAAGAGGUCACCAGCUCUGUGCUCCCCCUGACCGGCCCUGGGUGAAACGUCUCACCAAGAGACUGGAUAGACACAAUUUCCAGUACAACCGCAACUGCAGUUAGUUUAGACACCGGACGAGUUGAGGGAAGAAUCCGGAUAUCAGGAUGGAAGUAUUUGAUCCAGCAGCCAGUUUGAGAGGAGAUCAUGAUGCCCCAGGAUUGAUGAGGAAAGAAAACCCAGGAAUCUAGCCCUCAUCUCCAGCCUGGAACUGAGAUGGGGUUGCUGGGGGGGGGAGGGGAGAAUGGAGAGUAGUUUCUGAGGUGUGAGCUUGAGUGUGAGUGUCAGUACUUAAAGCUGUGCAAAACACACUCUGGGGCCAUUUAAUAUAGGAUUUGAUGCUGGAAGUGGAAUGACUUCAAAUAAAUCACUUUUGCCUUCCA